AGGUACACAAAACGGUUCCCGGCGCAACGGCUACAUCAGCUGGAAUCAGUACAUAACAUUUAUUUAAAAAAUAUUUAGAAUUUUUGUACCUGUUAUUUUUAGGCCUCAUUGAAAUUAAAAUCUAAGUCGUAAAUAUUAGGUGAUACUCGCUGAUGUGGAUAUCUGUUACAAGGAACGCGUGGAAAUUGCCUACGUCAAUUUAAUUUAUUUUGCGACACAAUCGUUAAUUGUAUACGAUUCAGGGAAAAUCUGGAUAGCUAUUGCCAUAUUUGACUCAAUUUUGACGAUUUUGUGACAAAAGUCAAAUUUAUCAAAAUUCGCAAAAAAAACUCGGCGCAAAAUCCAUCAAUGGGCCCCCCAAAUAUUAUUACAGAUUCUUCAUGUGCACAAAAUUACGCAAAUUUUAAGCCAUCCAACUUCAAAAUCGUUAGAGCGCGAAAAAAUCACAACUAGAUGGUAUAUAUAGAUUAAACCAUAAAAUUAUUUAGACGCCAGAUGGAUCCUGUGGCCGAAUUUCUUGCGGAGGUCGACUCCCUGAAAUAAUAUGUGGCCAGAAGUGGGGACAGAAUUCGCCAGAUUUUAAAAUUGCAUGGGACUCGUGACGAGCAAAAUAAGAAAUUUGUUCGUUUCGGAAACUUUGACAUUUACGCGGACAAAUUUUGUGGUUUAAAGUAGUUUUAUAAUUAUGUUUACAGAGUUCAGCUCGACCCUGGUAAAUAGAUUGCUUAAGUUUCUGGAUGAAAUAUUGGUGUUGACUUUCUCCACGAGAAUUGCAAGUGCUACUUUCUCCACUGCGGACAAAUUAGGUUUUCAGUUUUACAGUUUCUAAAUCGAUUUAAAGCGCUGGAAAUUAAAGUUAUGAUAUUUCAACAUAUUUAGCAAUAUAUUUUCAAUUAAACGUCUUGUGGAUCUUGCCCAGAACUCAUUUAAAAUUCAUUUACGGCUCAUUUACGGCUCAUUUACAGUUUGGUUUCAAAAUAACAAGGUUAAGAUUUUCGUGUUUACUUGAAAUUUGCACUGUUGCACCACAAAUUUAUCUGCUAGUCCAAAUCGAAAACGUUUAAAAUUUAAAUUUAGCACCAGUUGGUGACAAAUUGUAGGGAAUUUUAGGCCAACUCAUUUAGAGCUCAUCGGCAACCCUAAUUGCAAAUAAUUAAUCAUGCAAUUUUCAUGUAAAAUUACAUAGUUUCUCAUUCCAGCGGCGGCCGCCGCCGAUUGAGGUAUCGGUGUCGGUAUCGGAAUUCUAUUGAGACCGUGAAUUACAUAAAACGCGAACUGCCCAAGGGCAGUCCGGGGCAGUGGCAAAAUAUCUGCAUAAAAGUCUACGCAUCAUCAAUAAAACCUUGAAUUGUUAACCAAGUUUCGUAUUCACUACAAAAUUGAGAAUUAGAUACAAUACAUUAAUAAUCUUUAGGAAGUGGUCAAAUUCUCUUCCAAAAUAUUUUUAUAAGUUAUUUUCAGUCAUAUUUGACCAAAUUUGGUCGAGUUUUGGUCAAAAACUAAAUUUAUCAAAAUUAGCAAAAAUUCGCAUAUUGGCUUAUAUCUCGAAAAAUGGGUUUCUCUGCCCCCAAUAUUAUUACAAAAUUUACAAAAGAAUUUAAUUCUUUAUGUACACAAAAUUACGCAACUCUUAAGCUAUCAUACAUCAAAAUCGUUGAAAAAAACAUCAUUUCAUUGUAUACAUAUGUACUAAACAUAGAAGAGCUAAAGCAAUAAGUGGAAAUAGAAUAUUUAUUGGUAAAAAUGUUUUCCUAUUGGUUGGGAUGUGUGGAUGGCAAUGUCUCAAUAAUAGAUGAACUUGAAAUCAAGCCUAUAAAUGGAAGCAAUUUUCCAAAAAAUAUAAUUAGAUAUGUGACCAGAUUUUUUUUAAUCUCUAAGAAUGAAUCACAAAACAAAGAAUAGAAGAAAACGUCCUCUAGAGCCGAAAAAAUUUACGACUUUCAAAUUUACUAGGUCACCCUACGUAAGCUCACAGGAGCUAUUGAAUUCCCCUUGUCUGUCUCUCUGCUUACGAUUGUUUUGCAUCAAUUGAUGCCAAUUAAUAAGCAACAUUGUCAAAGUUUUGCAAGUUAGUAGCACCAUUGGUGAAAAAUAGUUCAACGUCAAAAUUAGGGGUCUAUACGGUCGGAUUUUCUCUGAACCAUUGCUGAAAAGUUAAGGUCGAAGUUAUGCCAAAAUUAUGUAUCCAUUUGAUCCACGGGUGCAAAUUUAUAGAUUUAUGUUAUGUCAGAAUUACGUUUCCAUUUUACUUUUUGCCGCUUAUUCUGCACCAAUGGUGAAAAAUUUUAUCACAUUUUUGUGUACUGUUGUUACAGGGUGAGCUACGUGUAACGUUACAACGGUUUAUUUGAGAUCGUGUCGUACCAACUACAUUUGUGGUGUAUUGAGGUCAAUUUGACGUCAAAUUGACUUCUUCAAUUUUUAAAAAUCACGGGCUGACUUGUAUAGGCUUAAAAAAUUAAUAAAAAUACAAGAAAUUUUAACAUAGGGACUGGUCGGAAAGUAAAGAAAAGUUUUGAAAAUACAUUUAUUUACAGGGGGAAAAAUAGUCAUUGAGUUGGAACGAGGUAGCUUUGUAGUCCAUACGAUUGGCAACCAACAUCAGAAAACAAAAAUCCGAUAUCUCAAACCGUUCAAACAUGAGAAGACAAAAUUCAGAGCAACUCGUAAAAAAGAUUUGCCACUAUUACGAAUAUGUGUGCGGGCGCGUGCGGAAAAAGAUUUAUGACAACUUCAAAAGUGAAAAAAUUUAUCCGGGGACAAUUUUCCGAGUUGUAGAUAUUUAUGAGGAAAGGGGGAGUGCUGAAAACAAAAUGGCCGCCCUGUUCGUGUAAUGACCCCAAAGUGAUACGUAGAGUUCACAAGGAAUUCAAAAAAUACCCUGGAGUAUCUGAACGAAAUUUGAGUAACAAAUUGAAAAUUUCUAAAUCAACUUUGCAUGAUAUCAAAGUUAUGAAGUUGGGAAUCAAUUCUUAUAAGACGAUAUCUGCACCAAAAUACAACCAAGGUCAAGAAAAAAGGGCCAAGACGAAUUGUCGGAAGAUUGCUGAAAAAGAGUCGCGCAAAACACGCCCAUCAUUCUGGUCAUGGAUGACGAAACCUACUGUUCCAUUGAUCCAAAUGAAGUACCUAGAAUAAAGUACUACUCAUGUACUAAUAAGAAAACAGGUCAAGAUUCAUUUAAAUACAAACCCAUUUCCAAUAUUCCACUCGGCGAUAAACGAUGUAACAUGCAAUUGAGAUAGAACAAGUGAACAAUCCCCCGACAUUCCACCCACAUUGGACCGGUUAACAGAUUUUGGGGUUUAUGCAAGAAAGAAUAUAAUAGUCCAACAAAACCAGCCAAAAAUUUGAGAGGAUUCCGACAGAUUUUGAGACAUAUCUCAAAUAAGGUAGCGGAAAAGAGUGGCAAAGCAAUUAUGGGGACCGCACGACACAAAAUUCCCCAGAUUGGGAGGAUGGGGGUCUAUGGGACCUACGAAGCAAAAAAUAAAUAGCUUAAUCCUUAGCUUAUAAUUUGUGAAAAUUAUUUAGAAUUAAUUAAAGUAUUGCUGGUUUUGCAGGCAUUUUCAAAAGUUUUCUUUACUUUCCGACCACCCUCUAAAUUUAUUCAACUAAAUUUUACAGGUCAACCUGUUUCCGGUGCCAACGUGAAAGGGAGUCAUCAAUCCGUCCGUGCUACCUGUCCCCACUGUCAAGCUGACGUCAACUCUACAAUUCGACACGAUAAUGGGAUGAUAACUCACCUCGUCGCACUUGUGCUCUGCUGUUGUCGGUGAAGAUGAGUUCUUCGCCGAUAGCCAACAUAUCGAGGAAGGUCUAUGAGACAGCCGUCACUGAAAGAAGUAGGAAAGCCAGAGUAUUAAAAAUGGUGGAGUCCAUGACACUACAUGAGCAGUGCGAGGAAAUGUCGAUAAACACAUUCACCGAAAAUGUUGAAUUUGACCACCAGUUUAUAACCGAUUUAGACAUCAUAAUUAUCGAACUUUUGCACUGGGGAGGUGUAGCAUUCAGAGACCUCGGCUUCUUUAACGGCAUGGGUGACGAUGGAUACCGUCAAGUCAAUGGAACACUGAUGCCAAACGGAUCUAACAUAAGUCAAAUCAAAAUUGGCUACCUUUUCGACCCGGAGGAUGAUCCAGUCUCAUAUUUGUUGAUUUACUUGGCUUCCGCCACAUUAGUAAUUUUUACGUUCGCUUGUUUAACCCACUUUUACUGCGUCGUCUCCCAGUUCAGUGCAAAGAAACGUACGGACAUUCUUCGAGUGCAAAAGUUAAUUGCAUCUAAUCUACUUAUUGCUCCCCUUAUGUUAAGUAUUUCUAUCUGGAUGUUUUAUAAAUCUACGAAUUAUGCAAAUCCUGCAGCCGUUUGUAGCAUUAUAUUUGCCCCGCUGCUCGGAAUCGCAAUCGGAAUGCGACGAUUUAGCAAAAGAUUUGCUAAUUACUUACUUUUCCUUACGUUCUUCCGACUAUUCACAAUUUUUAGUAUUAGUCAAAUUUAUAAAUUUUUCUGUGAACUUUAUCAAUUCGCAGUUUAUUUAGACGAUUUAUCCAGGUUGUAAUAUUUUACAUGGUAGGAGUUUUACACCUGUAUUUUAAUACGGAUGCAGAAUAAAUUAUUUAUUGUAAUAAAA